UAGCAGUGGCUAGGGUUUCUGCGUUCCUCGUCUUCUCCAUUUUCUCCUCCUUGCGCAGCCAUGCCGGGGGAAGACCCCACGGAAAAGCCCCAAUGGCCGGCGGCGAAAGUCAGAGACACUUUCAUCGAUUUCUUCAAGAACAAAGGCCAUACGAACUAUAAGUCCAGCCCAGUCGUCCCUGUGAACGACCCGACUCUCCUCUUCGCCAAUGCCGGUAUGAAUCAGUUCAAACCCAUCUUCUUGGGGACGGCUGAUCCUAAUACCGAAUUGGGGAAGCUAAAGCGCGCCUGCAAUACCCAGAAGUGUAUCCGCGCGGGAGGGAAGCAUAACGAUCUUGACGAUGUCGGGAAGGACACAUACCACCAUACAUUCUUUGAGAUGUUGGGGAAUUGGUCGUUUGGCGAUUAUUUUAAGAAAGAGGCAAUUGAAUGGGCUUGGGAGCUCCUAACCAAGGUGUAUGGACUUCCCGAGGAUCGUAUCUAUGCUACUUACUUCGGGGGCGAUGAGAAAGCUGGUCUAGCUCCUGAUAAUGAAGCGAGAGACAUGUGGCACGAAUUGUUGCCUCCUGGAAGAGUGCUGCCAUUUGGUUGCAAGGACAAUUUUUGGGAGAUGGGUGAUACCGGUCCAUGUGGUCCUUGUACAGAAAUACAUUUCGAUAGGAUUGGUAAUCGGGAUGCAGCAUCGUUGGUGAACAACGACGAUCCCACGUGCAUUGAGAUAUGGAACCUUGUGUUUAUUCAGUUCAACAGGGAAAGUGAUGGCACCUUGAAACCGCUCCCCUCUAAACAUGUUGAUACUGGAAUGGGUUUCGAGAGGCUUACUUCAAUUCUGCAAAACAAGAUGAGCAAUUAUGAUACUGAUGUUUUUAUGCCCGUCUUUGAUGCCAUUCAGCAGGCAACAGGGGCACGACCAUACUCUGGAAAAGUUGGGGCUGAGGAUGUGGAUGGAGUUGACAUGGCUUAUAGGGUUGUUGCUGACCACAUUAGGACUCUCUCUUUCGCCAUUGCUGAUGGUUCCUGUCCAGGUAAUGAAGGGCGUGAGUAUGUUCUUAGGCGCAUUCUUCGCCGUGCUGUUCGUUAUGGACGCGAGAAGCUAAAAGCCCGAGAAGGCUUUUUUAACGGGCUUGUAAGUGUUGUUGUAAAAGUGAUGGGUGAUGUUUUCCAAGAGCUAAAACAGAAGGAACAGCACAUCAGGGAAAUAAUCACAGCAGAGGAAGCAAGUUUUGGGAAUACAUUGCUUAAGGGAAUUGAGAGAUUCAAAAAGGACGCUAAGGAGGUUGAGGAUGCCCAGGGAAGAGUAAUCAGCGGACAGGCAAGGGCUUAUUAUCUGCGUGCCAACUUUAUUAAAGCAUUUGCUUUGUGGGAUACUUAUGGCUUCCCAAUAGAUUUGACUCAGUUGAUGGCAGAAGAAAGGAAACUGGAAGUUGAUGUUGAAGGUUACUAUAAAGCCAUGGAUGAAGCAAAAAAAAGAUCAAGAAGUGCCAAAACUAAGCAAGCUGGUGGUGCUGUUGUCCUGGAGGCUGAUGCUACAUCUGCAUUGCACAAGAUGGGUGUUUCUACGACGGAUGAUUCCUACAAAUAUAUUUGGUUCCAGGAUCAUGGAACUUCCAUUAAAGCCAUCUACACAGGUUCUGAGUUCUCGGAAAGUGCCUCUCUUGGCGACGAAGUUGGCAUAGUUCUUCAAUCUACUAGCUUCUAUGCUGAACAAGGUGGCCAGAUUUUUGACACCGGAUUACUUGAGGGCUCAUUUGGUUCCUUUGAAGUUUUCAAUGUCCAAGUAUUUGGAGGGUUCAUCCUUCAUAUUGGUUCCCUUACUGGAAGCAGAGGAAAAUUCUGUGUCGGCGACGAGGUUAUCUGUAAGGUUGAUUACGAGAGACGCAAACUUAUCGCGCCCAACCAUACUUGCACGCACAUGUUGAACUUUGCUCUUAGAGAGGUCCUUGGUGAUCACAUUAACCAAAAGGGCUCCAUUGUCCUCCCUGAAAAGUUAAGAUUUGACUUCCGUCAUGGGAAACCUGUGGAUCCCGAGGAUUUAACAGAGAUUGAGAAAAUUGUGAAUGAACAAAUUAAGGCAGAGUUAGAUGUAUACGCAAAGCAAGUGAGCCUGGCUGAUGCUAAGCGGAUCAAUGGUCUGCGAGCUAUUGUCGGGGAAGUGUAUCCUGACCCUGUUAGAGUGGUUGCAAUUGGUCGUAACGUUGAGGAACUUGUGGCUAACCCGGAUAACAAUGAAUGGCUGUCACUUUCAACAGAACUCUGUGGAGGAACACAUAUUACAAACACAAAGGAAGCUAAAAAAUUUGCUAUCCUCUCCGAGAGUGCCGUUUCAAAAGGGAUUAGACGGAUAACUGCGGUUACAGCCGACAGUGCUCGCCAAGCGUUUGAAUUGGCAAAGAAGUUUGAGCAAGAAUUUGAGGAAGCAUCCGAAGAAGAUGGCAGUGCACUGGAAGAGAAAUUCGCAUCUCUGAAUAGUCGUCUGGGACCGGCAGCUAUCCCAGUAGCCAAGAAACAUGAUCUUUUGUCCAGGCUACAGGCACUUCAGAAAGAAGUGAUAAAACUAAAGAAGAACAUUGCUGGAGAAAAACUGCACAAGGCUGUGCAGGUUGCAACCGAGACUGCUGAAACUGCUGCAUCGGAAAGCAAAUCAUUCUGCAUCGCGAGAGUCGAUCUGGGUUUGGCUGCAACUCCAGUUCGCAAUGUCGUAUCAAAAGUCCUGAGACAGAAGGGGAUCUCCAUCAUGGUUAUCAGCACUGAUGAAACCACAAACAAAGCAGUGGUGUGUGCUGGAGUGCCGGAUAAGUCGAACAAGGUGAAGCAGUUGGAGGUUUCUGAAUGGCUGAGCACUGCUUUGGGGCCUCUGAAAGGAAACUGUGGCAGAGGAAUAGACGGUGUCACUGUUGCCACUGGCCAGGGGAACGAUGCGUCGAAGGUGGAUGAAGCCAUUGAUGUGGCGUCGAAGUUUGCCGAGCUGAAGUUGCGAUGAUGAUGACGAUAUCGAACGUAGAACAGCAAACGUACAAUCUACUUGGAAGUAGAACAGGAGAUUAGAAAGGAAUAUGGGUUUAGGAGUGAGCAGCUGGACUAUCCUAGCCUAGCCUUGAGUGUGUAGAAGAAUUGCUAGUUAGGCAUUGCUUCAAUCGAGUGUUUAGUUAGGCACGAAGCAAGAUUAAUCAGGAUAGAGAUACAGAUGAUGAAAAUUUUCAGUUUUAUCCCUUCAUGAUUUGUAUUUCUAUAAUGUUAAAGUGAAAUUAGAGAUAUUUUAGACAUUUGUGUUGUCCAAAACAUGGUUUAAUUAUGGUUAACCGUUUUUCGAUAAAAUUGUAACAUAAUACCAUACA